AUGGACUGCAAUUUGCAAACCAAUCUGACGGGCCCUGAAAUCAAGUAUGACCUCCGAAAAAGGGGUGAUUUGGCGAGCUUUCUGCAAAAUGCGGACAUCCGACUUGUCCGGGCACGCUACCUGUACAUGCUGUGCAGCAGCAGGAAAGCGUUGCCACGGCGUCAAGAAGCAGAACUCGUGGAAUCGAUGGGGGGCGAUGCAACUGAUGGUCCAGCCCUGGUGACACACGGUGAGAUGAGCGAGUAUGGUGCAGGCAAUCGAAUGGCCAUCAUUUUCGCAGUCUCGCACAGUUGGGAAACCCGAGAGCAUCCAGACCCUUGUUGCUUCCAGCUCGAGCAGAUUGUCAACUGCCUAAGUCUUUAUGAGGCGGCCUAUGAGACCGACUUGUGGGUCUUUUACGAUUACGUCUCCCUUUUUCAGUACCAGAGGAAGGGUGAACGGGAAGAACAGAGCUUCCGGCGAGCACUGGACGACAUGCACGUCAUCUACGCCCAUGAGUUCACUUGCACGCUUCGCAUCGAGAGCCUGACACCAGAGGCCACGUGGACGGCUGCGCUGGCAGAUCCAUCCAUCCAAGUCUCCGUCUAUGAUGAGCCCAGUGACUCCGUGCGCUUGCGCCCUUUGCGGGACCUGGUUCAGAACCGCUCUCCGUACCGUGAUCGCGGUUGGUGCAAGGCAGAGAUCGAGUGGUCGGCUUUAAAAAGCUCCACCGCCAUGAACCAUCGUAUUGACCAGGCUGAGGCUGAGGCAUCGACGCUCCGCUCCAUGCCCAUGACCCCGGAGGCCUUGAGAAGCAGCGCUGUUUUCACGCACCGAUCAGAUGCGGCCAGUGUUGUCCAGCUCCAGGCCAAGAUCUUCCACCAGAAAGUAUCAGCUUGUGAAGACUUGCUGCUAGAGGGCCUGAAAGCCAGCGAGUUUGCACAGCUAGCGCCGGCCCUGAAACAUUACCGGUGCCUCCGAUCACUGCGUUUGAAGAAGUUCAAUGUCGGGGCAGAGGAGGCCACCGCUUUUGCACAGGCCCUGCUGGGCCCAGGUGGUGUUGUGCAGAAGCUCGAGAUUUGGUGCAACGUCCCGGAGGAAUCCGCUCGGGAAAUGUUGAAAGCUCUUGCAACGGGCCUGCAGACCAACAGCACCGUCCACACUCUGAUUAUUCGCGAAGGUGACAUCGGUCCAGCUGGAGGACAGGCUCUUGCAGAGGCCAUCAAAGCAAACAGCACCAUCCAGACAAUGAUCUUCACGGAAUCACUUGGCACCACUUCUGUGCGGGCGCUGUCGCAAGGUUUGCGGGUCAACGCGGCCAUCACGAAGCUGGUCAUUCGUAAUAAGGAAUUUUCUCGCCAUAAGGGAAUUGGGAAUGCUGGUGCUGAGGCCAUCGCCACGGCCUUGAUGACCAACCAAAGCAUCACUCAUGUUGACCUGGGUAACAAUGGCAUAGGGCUGCAUGGUGCAAAGGCCAUUGCAGAAGCAUUGAAGCACAACAGCACCGUGGCCAUCAUGGAUUUGGUUAACAAUCAUAUGAAGGGGCAGGAGGGCGCCUGUGCCCUUGCAGAUGGCCUGAAAAACAACCAUGUGGUGAUCGACCUGGAUAUUCACUGCAAUUGGUGGGAACUCAGCGACGAGCCGAGGGCGUUGUCCGAAAUCGAGCGCUUGCUGGAGAGAAACCAGCGGGAAAACAGCGUUGCCGCGCGGCCCGGCUGGACCGAUACACGACGAAGCGACAGACGUGCAGCGGAUGCCAGAACCGCGGAGAGAGAAGCUAGCGGACGAUUUGAGGACCAACAGCUGCCUCUCCGAGCUUGA